AUGAGAGCCCGUGGCGAGUUGAAACAGUACAAAGUGAUUGGGCGUGAGUUGCCCACAGAGAAGUGCCCCAAGCCUCCUCUCUUCCAGAUGAGGAUCUUUGCUUCUGAGCCUUGCAGUGCGAAGUCUCGCUUUUGGUAUUUUGCCAGUCAGCUGAGAAAAUUAAAGAAAACUAGAGGAGAGAUUGUCUGUUGUCACAGGAUUUUUGAGAGGAAACCUGGCACCAUUAAGAAUUAUGGUAUUUGGUUGCGCUAUCAAUCUCGUAGUGGAAUCCACAACAUGUACAAGGAAUACCGUGAUUUGUCUGCAGCUGGUGCUGUUACUCAGUGCUAUCGUGACAUGGGAGCCAGACAUCGUGCCAGACCCUCAUCUAUCCAAAUCAUAAGGGUGGAGACUGUGGCUGCUAAGAAAUGCAGAAGAGCUUACAUUAAGCAGUUCCAUGAUGCCAAGAUCAAGUUCCCUCUUCCACAUCGUGUGAAUAAAAAUCUGCACAAUCCCAGAUUCACUACCAGACGGCCAUACACCAACUUCUAA